AUGGUGACCAUUCGUACUUUUCUUUCGGUGGCAGCAGCAAAGAAAUGGGAACAUCAUCAAAUGGAUGUUCAUAAUGCAUUCUUGCAUGGAGAUUUAGAAGAAGAGGCAGCAUGGAAUCAAGAAGGGAUUUUUCUUUGGCAAUGCAAAUAUGCUUUGGAUAUUAUUAGUGAAGCCGGAUUAUUGGGUGCUAAACCAUCUGGUUUUCCCAUCAAACAAAAUCAUCAUUUAGCCUUGGCAGAAUUGGAGAAGUAUCGAAGAUUGGUGGGAAGAUUGAUUUACUUUACUCUCACUCAACCUGAGCUAUCCUAUAGUGUCUAUAUCUUGGCGCAAUUUAUGCAUCAACCAAAGGAAGCUCAGUGGAAAGCAUUUUUGUGCGUGGUUCAUCAUUUGAAGGGAAGUCCUGACAAGGAAUACUUUUACGAGCUGAUUGUGAUCUAUGAUUAUAUGGUUACUGUGACAUUGAUUGGGGAAGUUGUCCUUUAA